CUUUGUUGUGAUAACCUAAAACUGUGUUAAAGUGAUGAUUAGUUAAAACAGUGGAAUAACAACAAUAUUAUAAAGUUAUUAGAAAUGGCAGCUGUUCUAAAGAAACGUGCGUUAGCUGAAUAUUCCCAAACACAAACAUUAAAUAAACAGGAUUAUGCUCAGCAGCAGCCUGUAAAAAAGCUGUGCUUAGUAAAAAAGCCUACAACUGAUAGUGCAGGUUUGGUAAUUUUGAGUUGCCUUGAUACUUGCAAAAGCAGCAAAGAAGCUCUACACACCCUACUUCGAAUCUCAGAUUGUGUUGAAUUUGAUCCUUCGGACAUCCCAGAAGCCAUAAGAAGGCUCUGCAAAUAUUUUAGAAUUGAGAAUGAGAGUGCUGUGAAGGUGAAGAUAUUGGCUCUGAUUGCAGAGUUGGGUAACUUGGAAGGAGCUGAUGUUAUUUUAGUUAUUGAUGACAUCAUUAAUUUGAUUGAGAAAGAAACAUCUCACAAAGUUAUUGCUCAGGCACUAAAAACAUUGCUGACACUUAGUAAUCAUAUGAAAGAUAACCAAAUAAUAUUGGGAAAGUUAAUUGAAAUUGCGAAGAAUUAUUUGAAGGAUGUGAGUCAUUCAGUGAAAUGUAGAAGCCUAGAGAUGUUGGGAUUUCUUGUACCAUUGUGUAAAGAGAAAGACUUAGAAGGUAUGUCCAAUUUAGUGGUAUCAUAUUUUGAUAAUGGUGAUGCUAGAGUGAGGGCACAAGCCUUUUCCACUAUGAUUCAUUUCCAUGAAAAAGGUUUGAAAUUAAAUCCUACUAUUUAUAAAAGCGUCUGUGAUGGCUUAAAAGAUGACUAUGAGAUUGUUAGAAAAGUGGUCCUCAAAUUGCUAUGGGUUUUAGGAACUACUUUCCCUGAAAAUAUUGUAGUUUUGCCAGAUAGUGAACAAGAAAUUAGAUUGAUUGAUGACGCCUUUGCUAAAAUUUGCAAUAGCGUUAAUGAUUUAUCAAUGCAUGUGAGGACACAUGCAGCUAAACUUCUGGGAUCCAUGAAAUUAGUCAGCAUGAGGUUUCUAAAUCAAACUUUAGAUAAGAAGUUGAUGUCAAAUAUGAGAAGAAAGAGAACUGCGCAUGAACUGCAGUGGGAAAAUGUUACAAGUGGUGAAUGGGCAAGUGGCAAGAAAUGGGCUGACGAUGCUCCAAGAGAGGUGAUUGAUAAAGACAGGAUUAAUUUGAUGAGCAGCGGAUCCUGUGGCGCAUUUGUCCACGGCUUAGAAGAUGAAUAUUUGGAAGUUAGAUCGGCAUCCGUAGAAUCUCUGUGUCAGCUAUCAUUAAACAAUCAACAGUUUGCGAACUUAUCUCUAGACUUCUUAGUCGAUAUGUUCAACGAUGAAAUUGAAGAUGUCAGAUUGAAGGCCAUCGAUAGUUUGCGUUGCAUUUCCGAACACAUCACUUUAAGGGACGAUCAAUUGGAAACAAUUUUGGGCGCAAUUGAAGAUUUUUCUCAAGAAAUAAGAGAGGGAUUGCACAGGAUGUUGGCUUCUUGUACGAUGUCAACGACAGCGGGUCUCAGGAUGUGCGUUGAGAAGCUCUUAGACAAUUUGAAAAAAUAUCCACAAGAUCGUAGAUCUACGUAUAAAUGUUUACAAAGAAUUGGUGCUCAGCAUCCAGAAUUGGUAUUACCGCUAGUACCUCAAUUUUUAUCUAUUCAUCCAUUCUUUGAUAUGGCCGAGAGCGACGUUGAUAAUCCACAAUAUAUUUGUAUUUUAAUCCUUGUGUUGAACGCUGCUAAGUUUAAUACAACAAUUCCACCAUUGUUUGAACCCCAGACACUUCGCCAUUAUUCAUAUUUAAGAGACACGAUGCCGACUUUAGUUCCAAAACUUUGUCUACCCAAUGAAAAUAACAAUGCCAUUGUUACACCUAGCUCGGUUCCUGAAAGUUUGGAGUUUUUAAAGAACGUAAUCGAUAAUUUAAAUAUUGAAAACAACACAGUUCGGAUGCAAACAAAUUUGUUGGAAGUUUCCAAGGAGCAUUUAUUGCGUCUUAGCGAAAUGGAUUCGGUUGUUGCCGGCACAGCAAAAUUUACGUCCCUGUAUAUCGGGGCACAAUUGUUGAUGUCCCAGAUUUUGGAAAAAGGAUUUUUUUCGAACUUGGCAAAUCUAGCAGCGCAGGAAUCUACCAAUUUAAAGAAUAAUAUUGAACAAUUGUUAUUGCACUGUCUGAAAUUGCAAUACUUGUUUGUGGGGAUGAGCCCUUUGGAAUAUUGCGCUGUUAAACAAAUGAGAUUGAGAACUUUGGGUUUAAAUUUGGUAUACAUUGUGAAAGGAAGCAAUGCAUCCGCGUUGGCACCAUGCCACCAUUUCUUAUCAGCUGUUGAAGAUAUGCAACGUGAAUUGACUAAUGAAAAUUUGGAACCAGAUGCUUUUACAGAAUCAUUAUUUAGAGAAUUGGCUAUGGUCGAGGAACCAAAACCUGGUAUAGUGGCCAGAAUUUUGACACCGAUUUUGAUUGAAGCCAAGUUAGGGAAAAUCCCGCAGCCUAAUACACUGAUACAAAUGAGCAGCGUUCAAAUAUUGGAGCCGUCUGGUCAAUCUGAUAGUACGUUGAAGUUUACAGCAGGAUUGAUUAUGGCAGUGCCGUUUGAAGCUGAACUAUUGCGUUUGUCUGAACCCAGUAGGUUACGUAUAAAGGUAAAAUAUCCGGAUCAGAGGACUCAAGUUACUCUACCAAGACCAGCACACAUUAAACCACUCAACUACGAUGGAAAUGCAAAUGAUGCCAAAUUUGGACAGGACUUGCGGCUGUUAACCACUGUAUUGAUAUCGCAUCAGGUUUGGUCAGAGGCAUGCAAUGUUGAAAUCAGUAUUGCUUUAGCCGUACCAGAAGGGGAUAUUGGUAAAAGGAAAUCAUCGGAAUUAAAUCCAUACCUCAUUGACUUGUGUAAACCUGUUAAAGUUAGUGUCUCUCCCAAACCAAUCAAAAGAACAACUCUAUAAAUGUUAUAUAAAUAUAGUUUUUACU